AUGCCCCCCUCGACUUCAGGAUCACUGGCUUCAACCCUCCAAACGUCCCUCAUCCUAUGUGAGCGGUUCGCGACUUCGCUCGCUCCAAAUGCCUCAGUUGAUGUUCCUACCGCAAAGCCGGACGAGCCGUCUCCGCUCAUCCUUUUGAACGCAGCUGCGACAUCCCUACGCUCGCAAGUCACCAAGCUGUCCUUAUUAGCCAUCACGACCCCUUUCACACCCUCGGCGAUCACGACAUGUUUAACCCCGUUGAACGAGUCGAUACUCACCUCUAUGGUCACUGCAGCCCUACUUACUACGCCCGAGCGGUUUACACCUUCGUUUUCAGCGGAAUGCCGGAUGCUCGCUGCCUCCUCUAUGCAUGAUCUGCAAAACGUCUUGCGACUGUUGGAGAAACGAAGUCAGAAAAGAGAUGUCCAAGCAGAACUCUCCUCCGUGGAAAAGAAGGCAUUUACAGAGGCCACAGGAAGGGUGUGGGACAGUUGCGACAAACUGGUCCCGUUGGCCAGUGAGGGUGUUCCGGGCUAUGUUGUUCGAAAGUCGAAGGAGUGGCUGGACUUGAUGAAGGACGCAGUCAAAGAGUUGGAAGAUUGGGACCCCGAAGACGACAUUGACGACCAUGAUCUAUUUGGCGAGGCCCUCUCCGAAGAUGGCAGCCUUGACCAGGAGGAAGAGGACGCUAAGAACAGCGACCGCGCUGCUAUCUCUGCAGGAGUUAAGGAGCAGGCUCUCAAGGUCCUGAACCGCAUUCCUCAGAGCAUCCAUGUGGUCAUCAAACAGAGGCUGGAAAAGAUAGGGUCGGCGGAUGAACUUUCGAAAGACCAGAUUGCGCGGCUGGAUAAGCUACUUAAGCACAACCGUCAGAUCUCUGAACUUAUCGACGAGUCGGCUGAAGGCAUGUAUUUGGGUGACCUGGAACUGUGCCUCAAGAAAGCCGGUGAAGCUCGUGCACUCACGAUACAGGUCGUCGAAUCUGUCUUACAACCUUUCCAGCAGGUAGGGAAGGAUGGCGCAAACGUUGAGACGAAAGAAGAUCAAUACGUCAAGCGGGCAUUAAGUUGGAUCCAACAGGUCGAUCCGGGUGGGCAGGUUCCAAUCAAGGCUGACGUCUAG